AAAAGCAAAGAAGAAAGUCGAAAUCAAUUUUUUCAUUUGUGGAAGAAUUUUACUAAUCGUGUCAAUUUUUCUUGUUUAAAUACAUCUAAAAUAAAAAAUUCUAUUUUAAAGCAUUAAAAUAAUAUAGAAUAAACUUAAAAUUAUAAUAAUUUGUAGUUUAAAGAAUAAAAAUUGUGAAAUAUAAGUGCUUAAAACUAAAUUGAAAAUUUCUUUCAACAUGGAUCGUCGUUCACGCAGUAUAUCACCACGACGUUAUCGUAAUGGCGGUAGUGGUGGUGGAGGAGGAUACCGUCGUUAUAGUCGUUCUCGUUCAAGAUCUAGAGAUCGCGGCCGUGAACAAAAUUAUCGUAAUAAACGCAAUACACGCUCACGUUCCCGUGAUCGCAAUCAUAGACGUGGUAAUAGUAAUGAUAACGAUUUAUAUCGUGAUAUUAUUAACCAAGACUAUCAAGAUGAAAGAAAUUAUGGCGGAAAUGGAGGAUAUUCUCGAGGUGGUGGUGGUGGAGGUGGUAAUAGUAGUAAUUAUCGAUCUCGCAAUAAUGAUGACAAUUAUAUGGAUGAUCGUGAUCAUUACUGGAGCGACAAUCGAUCACGGGAUAAAGGACGCGAUCAAGAUCGCGAUUAUGACAAUCGAGAUAGAAGAGAUAAUCGACGAUAUGGUGGUAAUGGUAAUAAUAAUAGUAAUCAUAAUAACAGACGUUAUAAUACUACAACUGAACAUGAUAGCGAUGAUAGUGAUGAAACUAUGAGCGGACAUUAUUAUAAUAAAACUCCUUCAAAUACUAUUAUAGUAUUAGGUUUACAAUCACAUAUCACCGAAGCAGAUAUUAUGAGUUUAUUAAUACAAAUGGGCAUGGCUCCCGCAUCAAUACGUCUUAUACGUAAACGUACUACAGGUGCAUCACGUGGUUUUGCAUUCGUCGAGUUUAAUACGGUUGAUGAAGCUGCACAUUGGAUGGAAUUAACUCAGGGUGUGCUACAACUGCAGGACACAUGUCGGGCAACUUUACAAUACAGCCAUUCAUUACAAUCAAAUAAAACAAAAAUUAAUCCCACAGAUUGGUACUGUGGCAAGUGUGGCAUGUUUAAUUUUAAACGACGUGACAGUUGUUUCAAAUGUUAUGCCUCUCGUGAAGAAAGUGAACGUGGCGGUGAAGGCAGUGAUGAAAUAAGCAACAUUCUUACUAAAAAAAUCAUGUUACGCAAUUUGGAUGUGCUGACCAAUGAAGAGGGGGUUUUAACAGCCAUAACACAACAUGCACCCGACUUGGCGAAAAAAAUAAGUAAAGUCUUAGUGAGUCGCGAUGCAUUAACCCAAACCUCUAGAGGCAUUUGUUAUUUACACUUUGAAAGUUUAGUGGAUUCAAUGAAUAUGCAUAAUUUAUUGAGUACCUUAGAGCCGCCAUUAAAAAUUGACAAUAAAGAAGUUAUAAUAACUUAUUGCAUUGAUCAUGAAAAUCGUCAAAUUGUACCCAAGAAACCGGAUAACUCGUCUUCAACAUCAUCUACUGCUAAUACAACAUCUAUAGGUCCUUUAACGGCAGCAGAAAUGGCUUCUGUUUCAUCAGGUGGCUCUGGCGAAUAUACUCUAGCUGAUGUUCCUCGUUUAGCUGAGUACAGUGCUUCUAUGUAUGCCAGUACACCAGCAGAGCAUGCUCAUUAUUUACAAUAUUAUACAGAAUAUUAUAUAUCGGAAAUUACUAAAGGCUCUUAUGGUAAUUUACCAACAGACACUCAAAUGACCGAAGCUAAUUCUGGAGCUGCUGUAGCCUUAUCGGCCAUACAACGAAAACAAAGAAAAAUGAAUAGUAUUGAGACUACUGCUACCGCGGCUGCAGUAGCUGCGGCAACAGCUGCAGCGGCGGCUAAAGCUUCAUUGGCAGCUCGCACUAUUGUCACACCGAAGGGAAAUGAUGGCAAAAUUUAUCCCACUCCCGAUGUUUCUUUGUAUCAGUAUGAUGAGACAUCUGGUUAUUAUUAUGACCCUACCACUGGUCUCUACUAUGAUGCACAUUCACAAUACUAUUACAACAACGAAACGGGGGCAUAUCUCUAUUGGGAUCAACGUAAAAGUUCAUAUGUACUGGCCACACCAGCUGCAGCAGCAGCCACAAUACAAGAUGUUGUUAAACAAGAAACAGAAACGGAAGCCAAAACAAGCACAGCAGCAGAUGAGGAAGCUACCAAAAAAGAGAAAAAAGAAAGUGGUAGUGGCAAUAAACACGAUAAGGUUAAAGUAGCUAAAAAAAUUGUUAAAGACAUGGAAAAGUGGGCUAAACAAUUGAAUCAAAAGAAAGAUUACACUGUCGUGGCAACACCUCAACCAAUAUUAAAUAAUAAUAGAACUGAAGACACAAUGCGACCCUCAACAUCAGCUGGUAUAUCAAGUGGUUAUGCGGAUUUAGGCUUUUCAAUAUUAGAAAAGAAAACCACAAAAUUAAAUGCCUCCAAUACGUUUAUGUCACCCAUGAGUUUGGGUGCAGCGGCCAGCAACAAGUUGAUACCCUCUUAUGGUUCGGAUUCUGACGAGGAUAAUAUACCACCACCACCGGCAUCAGCUAAAGUCAGCUGUGCUGCAUCUGCUGGGGAUACAUGUGAAAAGGAUUAUGUUGAUUUUCAAAAGCUCACCUGUCUGCUGUGUAAAAGAGCUUUUCAAUCUUUGGAGAUUUUACAAAAACAUCUAAAGAUGUCCAAUUUGCAUAAAGAAAAUCUAGCAAAACAUAACCUAGAAAGAGGAUUAACGGUACAGCAACAACAGCAGCAGCAACAGGCUGAACAAGAUUCUCUAACAGCUGCUUUAUCAUACCGUGAUCGUGCCAAAGAAAGAAGACUUAAGUAUGGUGAAAGUGAUCCUCCACCACCAAAUCGUAGUCGCGAGCGUUUCGAAAAAGAAAUAAAUAAUCUAACUUCACGCCAAAAACAAAAGGAAUCACCCGCCAUGCCCAUAGGUUCGAAUAAUGUCGGUAAUCGUUUAUUGCAAAAAAUGGGUUGGUCCGAGGGUCAAGGUCUGGGACGUAAAAAUCAAGGACGUACAAAUAUUAUUGAGGCAAACGCUCGUAAUACUAACGCUGGCUUAGGCACAAAAUCGGGUAUUGGUCCCGGCGAUGAUUACAAGUCCUAUAUUAAGAAAAUGAUGAAGUCUCGCUAUGAAUCAGUGUGAUUUUUCUUCUUUUUUUCUAUUUAUUAAUUAAGUUGUUUUAUAAAUUAAAUAGUUAAGUAAUCUUUUAUAAUUUAACUUUUGCUUUCUUAAUUUAAUCUUAUUUUAAGAGACUUUUUAUUUGUACAAAAUAACGCCGUAACAA